AUGGUUCGAACUCUCAACAGCAUCGUCGCGGUGUCCCAGAACAUGGGCAUCGGCAAGAACGGGGACCUGCCCUGGCCCCCGCUCAGGAAUGAGUUCAAGUAUUUCCAAAGAAUGACCACCACGACGGCCGCAGAAGGUAAACAGAACUUGGUGAUUAUGGGUAGGAAGACCUGGUUCUCCAUUCCCGAGAAGAGUCGGCCUUUAAAGGACAGGAUUAAUUUAGUUCUCAGUAGAGAACUCAAGGAACCUCCAAAAGGAGCUCAUUUUCUCGCCAAAAGUCUGGAUGAUGCCUUAAAACUUAUUGAGGAACCAGAAUUAACAAAUAAAGUGGAUAUGGUUUGGAUAGUAGGAGGCAGUUCCGUUUAUAAGGAAGCCAUGAACAAGCCCGGCCAUCAACGACUCUUUGUGACAAGGAUCAUGCAAGAAUUUGAAAGUGAUACAUUUUUUCCAGAAAUUGAUUUGGAGAAAUACAAACUUCUCCCAGAGUACCCAGGUGUUGUUUCUGAUGUCCAGGAGGAAAAAGGCAUUAAGUACAAAUUUGAAGUAUAUGAAAAGAAUGAGUAA